AUGGCGCUAGUGUUGGACAAAGUUGUAGAGGAGGUGGCAUCCAAGGCGGUAAACAAGCUGGUCCAAACGGUAGCGGCCAAUAUCGACCUGGUUAGCGGCAUAUCUUCUGCCGUACAACAUCUCACCUCCGACAUCGAAACCUUUAACGCCAGGCUGCUCGAUGUUUCCAAGAACCAAAGCGCUAGCGACCUCCAUAUUCUGAGAGUAGCUGUGAAAAAAUUCAGAGCUGUUGUGAAUGAAGCUCAGGAUGCUGUUGCCAAAUACAUCGAUCUCAAUAAGAGGCAUCAAGACAAUAAUGCCUUGGCGAAAUGUUUCCAUAAAAUUCCAGUUCCGGUUUGUGGGAAUAUCAAUGUCUGUGCAAAGGAGAUCAAGUGCAUAAGGGAGAAGAUGAAGGAGCUUCUCCAAGCCCAUGAACAAGACCUUAUCUCCCUCAUGAACUACCAGACCAACGAACAAGAUAAUGCUCUGCAACCUCUCCAGCCAGUUGUAGAGGGAGGUAACGCAACGGGCUUUGAAAAGCAAGUGGAAACUCUAAAAACUCGUCUCACGGGAUCAUCCAAUAAUUUUAUUGUCAUUCCAAUUGUGGGGAUGCCUGGGACCGGAAAAACUACGUUUGCUUACCAAACCUUUGACAGCACAAAGAAACUGAACAUGUUUGUCCAUAGCAUUUGGGUUCAUGUUUCACAAGGCUUUAACAGAAAACAGAAGUACAUUGACAUCUUAUGUGCAAUUACCCAGCGUCCGAGAGAUGAAUAUUCCGGAAUAGAUGAGAAUCAGUUGGCAGCCAAAAUAAAGGAUCAUUUAAAUGAUAAAAAAUACUUCAUUGUAUUGGAUGAUAUAUGGGAAAAAAGCCAUUGGGACUCUUUAAAAGAGGCAUUGCCUCAAAACUCUAAAGGAAGCAGAGUUUUGGUGACCACCCGAUUCCACAGUGUGGUUGAUUCGGAUGAGGAAACUUAUAUUUUAAAACCAUUAGACCAUAAGGUGAGUUGGGAGAUCCUGGAAAAGAUUGUUUUUGGAAAAGAUGGAUGUCAGAAUAAUGAUUCAUUGAAAACUCUGGGAGAAGAUAUAGCAAAAAUAUGCAAUGGGCUGCCGCUUUCUCUUGUAAUGGUGGGUGGUAUCCUACGUAGAAGUAGAGCUCUUUCUUACUGGAAACAUGUGGCUGAAAAUCCUUUUCAAGAAAUUAAUAGAAAAGAUCAACGUUACCACAAAGUAGUAAGGUUGAGCUACGACCAUUUGCCUCAUGAGAAGUUGAAAAAUUGCUUCCUAUAUUUUGCAGUUUUCCCCAUGGGACAAGAGAUUGAUGCUUUGAAGUUGAUUCGGCUGUGGAUUGCUGAAGAAUUCAUUCCCACAAUAGAUGAGUGGGGAUAUAGUUUGGACUUGGAAGGUGAAGCUGGAAAUUAUUUGAAAGAUCUUGUUGAUAGGAAUCUAGUGAUGGUAAUGAAAAGGAGUGCAGAUGGUGAAAUCAAAACAUGUCGCAUUCAUGACUCAUUGCACGAGUUUUGUAAAACUGAGGCUGCCAAGAACGAUCUCUUCCACAUAAUAGACGGGGAACAAAAAUUAGAUGCAAAUACUAUUUCAUCCCAUCGUCGUCGUCUUUGUUUCCAUUCAUCAUCACCAUCACCAUCACCAUCAUCUUCUACUGCCAAGAUAUUUGAUGUGGAAGAUGAUGAUCCAUCUUGUUUGCUCCUUAAUUGCGCAUGCUACAACAAAAUGAAGAAGAAGAAGAAGAAGAGUCCAUAUCCAUCUGGUGAACAUGUCCACUCUUUGUUGUUGUCUUCCUCACAAAAGAGUGAUAUUGAUUUGAAACAAGAGGAGCUGAUAGCUAUCCAGAAUGCCUUUCCACUUCUUAGGGUGUUGGACAUUCAAUCCUUCAAGCUUAGCUUCCAGCUACCUAAUGAGCUUUUUAGCCUGAAUCUUCUCAGGUAUCUUGCUAUUACAAUUAAUUUCAAUCUCCUCCCCAAGGCAUUCAAAAAUCUUCAUGAGCUGCAGACCCUUGUGAUCAAAACCACAACAAGGACACUUAAAAUCAGUGGAGGUGUAUGGAAUAUGGAAAAGUUAAGGCAUGUGGACACCAAUGCCUCGAUGCAAUUACCUUCUCCUCCUCAAAAGACACGGCGGCAAAAUAACACUAGAAAAACAAAUAUUCGCACAUUGUCAUCGAUAUCACCAACAAGUUGUCAGAAAGAGAUCUUCAGAAUGACUCCACAUCUCAAAAAAUUGGGUGUUCGUGGGAAUUUAGUAGAGCUUUUGGAAGAAAAGCCGCAACAAAUCUGUUUGUUCAACAAUCUUCAAAUGCUAAAGGGCCUUGAAAACUUGAAGUUGUAUGGCGAGAAUGAGGGUGCAAUGGGUGCAUUAAAGGUUCCGAUGCUGGACAUGUUUGCACAUAGGCUAAGAAAGUUGACUUUUUGCAAUACCUUCUUUAAAUGGGAUGACAUAAGAAUAUUGGGAUCACUAGAAGAGCUGGAGGUGCUCAAGUUGGAUGAAAAUGCUUUCAGAGGGGAGGAAUGGGAUCUAAAAAGUGAUGUUGUUUUCAAUCAACUCCAAUAUUUGCGCAUUGGAAGGACCAACUUGGAAACUUGGAAAAUUAUGGAGAAUAGCUUUCCAGUUUUAGAAAAUCUAGUCCUCAGGAACUGCACCAAUCUAAAAGAAAUCCCAUCUGCGUUUGCUCAAGUACACAACCUUAAGGUGAUAGAACUGUAUCACAUGAGUGAAAAUGCAAACAAUUCUGCAAGACAGAUAGCUGAGCAAAUGAGUGAAAAUGCAAACAGUUCUGCAAGACAGGUAGCUGAGCAAAUGAGUGAAAAUGCAAACAAUUCUGCAGGACAGGUAGCUGAGCAAAUGAGUGAAAAUGCAAACAAUUCUGCAGGACAGGUAGCUGAGCAAAUCAGUGAAAAUGCAAACAAUUCUGCAAGACAGUUAGGUGAGCAAAGACGUGGCAAGGAAAACGUGAAGGGAUUGGACCUCAAAAUCACCCCUCUUCCGCCAAAAGCAACGAUGGCUCCUGGGGUGGAAGAAGAUAUUGUGGUGGGUUUUGGUGAAGAGGCGAAAAUUAUAAAGGAUCUUCUCUUUAUAGAAUCAAUGAAUUUGAGAGUUAUAUCAAUUGUGGGCAUGAUAGGAAUGGGUAAAACUACACUUGCCAGAAUGUUGUUUAAUGAUGUGGAUCUUCAAUAUGAGUUUUUCACUCGCAUUUGGGUUAAUGUUUCCCGAGCUUGUGACAGAAGGCGAAUAUUCUAUGACAUUUUGAGCAGAUUCACAAGCAUAAGUAAUGAUUUUCAUGAAAUGUCGGAAGAACACUUAGCUGAGAAAGUAAAAGAGUAUUUGAAAGGUUCAAAGUAUUUGAUUGUAUUGGAUGAUGUGUGGACAGAGCAUGACUGGUUUAGGUUGAGGAUUGCUUUUCCUAACAAUGUGAGAGGAGGUAAAAUCUUGGUAACUACUCGAAGCCAGGAUGUGGCUUCAUUUAUUGGUUCUAUUGGUAUCUCUCAUGAAUUAAAAGGUUUAAGUGAUGAUGAAUGUUGGGAGUUAUUAGAGAAGAAGAUUUUUGGAGACUCAAGAUGCACUGAUACUUCUCUUGAAGCUGUUGGUAGGUCGAUAGCAAAGAAAUUUGAAGGAGUGCUACUUUUGGUGGGGAAAAUAAGCGAUGUCCUGAGAGAAAAUAGGACAGUUGCAGAGUGGGAACGCAUAAAAAGUAAUCCAUUUGCAAGCAUAGAGUACGAGAAUGAUGAAGUAAUGAUGGAAAUGAUUAAUUAUGAUAUGAUGAGGGAUUAUUCCAAAAUGAAAGUGUGUUUGCUAUACUUGGCAGCUUUUCCUAGAGGAUUUGAAAUUGAUGCACGGGAAUUGGUGUACCUGUGGGUAGCUGAAGGAUUGAUUUCGGGUGAUGAUGACUUGGAAUACAAAGCUGAGUACUAUAUAAGAGAAUUUGUUCGAAUCAAUCUUCUCAUGGUGGUUAGCAGAAGAACAGAUGAUAGAAUUAAGAGGGUGAGAAUCCAUGGAUUUCUGCAUGAGAUCUGUAUACGAGAAGCUGCCAAACCCCAAAAUAAUUUCAUGCGUGAAUUUCAAGUUGAAGUUGAAGUUGAAGGAGGAGGAGCUUAUGGCCGCGGCCUAUUCAUACAUUCAUCAUCAUCUGCUCUUGCUUUGCAGGCCGGUAUAUCAAAAACAACCAAGUCGUGGUGGCCGUCGUCGUCCUCUAGUGACCAUGUCCGAUCUUUCUUAUCAUUCUCUUCCCAAGGAUCAAUACAAGAGAUUGCGGAAGAAGUAGUGGCCGCCAUCCCUAAUGCCUUUCCAAAUCUCCAGGUCUUGAAUAUCAGAGGCUUCAAAUUCCCCAAUCUGCCUAAAGAGUUGUAUCGCCUAAAGCAUCUCACUUACCUUGGGAUCACAAUUAUUCAUCACGAACUCCUCCCCAAGGAAUUCGGAAGCCUCACCCAAUUGCAAACACUUGUACUCCACACUACCAGAGAACAUAAUAUUUGUGUUAAAAUUGAGGCAGACAUAUGGAGCAUGCCAAACUUAAGGCAUCUGCUCACUACUACUUCUCGUCUUCAGCUUCGGCUGCUCUCUCCAAUAAUUAGAAGAUCAUCAAGAAUUGUUAUUGGAAGAAGAAAGAGCUCUUCUGGAGUAGUUAGUAAGAUAACAACUCUUUCAACCAUAUCCCCCACAAGCUGCACACCGGAAAUUCUAGACAAGACACCGCAAAUUAAAAAGCUGGGAAUUUGCGGGAAUCUAGACGAGCUUAUGGAUGUCAAUCAAGAAGGAGUUUGUCUGUUUGACAAUCUUCAUAAGCUGGACCGCCUGGAAAAUUUGAAGCUCAUAAACAUAAACGAUGCUCUCGAGAGCAACACACUGGGAAGCUUCCGCUUCCCUCCUGCUGAGAGCUUCCCAAGCAGGCUAAGGAAGAUGACUUUGUCCAACACUUCAUUUCAGUGGUGGGACUUCAGUGUAUUGGGGUCUUUGUAUACGCUUGAGGUGUUAAAGCUGGAGAAUAAUGCAUUUAGAGGAGAGUUCUGUGAUGUAAGCAGCGUUGUUUUCAAACAACUGCAGUAUUUUCGCAUCGAA